AUGAAUCGAGAUUACGGAUCAUAUUGGGCCCCUGCUGAGAGCAGGAUUUUCGCAGUGAAACACCCGUCAAAGCCGAGACUCUCACGGUAUAUAGCGGACGCCUCCGAGAGUCUGUCAAGGUUCGGAGGCCCUAGCGCUAUUUUCAGCCGGCGCUUAGGGGGAAACACACCUUGCCCGAGCCAACACCUACUCACUGCUCAGUCAUCCUCUCGUAUCACGCGUGCAACGCAACCAUUCGUCUCUCUUUCUCUUUCCUUUGUGAUUCCAUCUCUUCCUUUCGCUUUAUUCAUUCGGCAAACACCUUCCUUGACACACCAGCGCAAUUCGCCCAUUCACUGCUAUGCCCCUUUAAUCGAACACACUUUCCAGUCACUCAACAAAUUCCUCCACAUCCCCCGCCCGCCCUCACGCUCGUUUCUACAUCCACCAAGCAUGCUGAACACAAUGCGGAAGUCGUGGCUCUUGUUCACGAUAUUCGCGCUCGUCGCCUUCACAUCCGCGGUCGAUAUUGCGGGCUUCGACGUCGACGGCGUCGCCAACUUCGUGCAUGGCGGCAAGCGGCAGGCAGCCAGCGGAACCGGAAAUUCAAACCCAUCAACUUCAGAUGCACCAAAGUCCACCCAGGCCCCGUCAUCAAACCCUCCAUCAACUCCCACGCAGACUCCCACCCAGCAGCCCUCUUCGCAGCAGCCCUCUUCGCAAGCGCCGUCUUCCGCGGCCCCGUCGAGCGCUGCUCCGUCCACGAAGGCUCCCUCCAGCACACCUGCUCCAUCCUCUAACCCGCCCAAGACGAGAACAUCGGCCGAGGUCAUUACUUCUGCUCUUCUCGGAACCUCGGUUCAACAGUACACAACCGUUUUCACUACCGUCAGCAACGGCCAGUCCAUCGAAAUAACCGAAACUGGAUCCCGAACCAGUGUCUUCUCCACCGGGCAGGCUGUCAUCACCCAAAAGCCGGACCCCCAGAACGGCAACGGCGGCGGCAGCAGCAGUGGUCUCACCGACAGCAACAAGAAGAUCAUUGGUGGUGUUGUUGGAGGCGUUGGAGGUGCUAUUCUGCUGGGUGGUAUUGCCAUCGUAUGCUGGCGCAUCUGGGGCCGCAAGAAGCGCGUCUCCGAAGACGACGAUGACCUGAUGGCCGGCACUGGCUCAGCGCUUGGCGACAAACCCGCACCCAACAACACUCCUUUCCAAUCCAACCUCGAACAAUACCACAACCCCGGUGGACGGCCCAACGCGGCAGCAAACUUCUAA